CGUCAAGGUAGAGGGACUGAUAAAUACCACAUCCGUUUGCUGUCUACAAAAUAAAAGCACGCCUGCCGGACAUUAAUCCAAACAGCUGUAUUGUGACAUCGUGCGGUGUGUACGCACAUUAAGCUCUCGGGAAUAGAACCAGCUAAAUUGUUUGCAUUCCUAUUAAACGCAACUGUCCUUUAAAAUGUUGCGGUUGGCUUUGGUUUUAACGUUUACUGUGAAGAUCAGGUUUGUAUUUCCGGUGAAUGCGUGUAGCUUGACGUCUGGAGGUUGCUAUUUUCUCUUGAACAUUGACCACAUUCUUCGAACAACCUCCGAGAUUACCGCUGCCCGCCGGUGGGACGAUGCACCCGGUCACUGCGUAACCACCGCUAGAAAAAAAUAAUUUAAAAUGUAUUCUUGUACUUCACGAAGUAUUUUUUUCUUUAGCUUGUUAUCAAAACACGAGUCACCAGUAAAUAAAACCUCGAAGUAACUGGGAGAGUUUUUAAAAACGUAGCUAACUUUUAUUUAACGGCUGUCGUGUCGCACACAAACAAACAUGUCGGAGGGAAACAUCAGCUUGUGCGACUUGUUGAAUUUGUCCAUCGGGUCGCCCCAGAGGGGGUCCGUCAACUUCAGCGCCCUUCACGCGUUGCUCCUCGCCGUGCUGAAGCAGCUGAACAUCCGGGAGGUGAGGACCCCGUGGAGAGACUCCCCUCUGGAUGACAGACCCACCAGGGCUCUGGAGGGCGGCCCCGCCGACACGGAGGAAGACCGGCUCACGGAGGAGGAACAGCGGGACGUCUCCGCCUUGGUGGUGGUUCAGCCCGGAACUGAGCUGCAGGAUGAGCUGCGGGCGGCCUCUCCCACGUCCGCGACCCCGACCCCGGACACCGGCCCCGCGGCGGAUGACCAGUCCAAGCUCCGGUCCCGGAUCCAGACCUGCGAGGACAACUUGUCCAAGGCCAUGGAGCUCAUACAGCAGCUGCACGGCGGGAAAGACAAUCUGAAGGAUGGGAUCGAGCUCGGACCUCAACAGCAGGUCCUCGGUGCUCAGGUGGAGACUGCUGCAGUGGAGAAGUGCUGCCACCGUGUGGACGCCUUGGAGGACACCGUGAGGUCUCUGACGGACAUGCUUCAGAAGUAUCCGGAUCCAGAGGAACUGAGUCAGUGUGUGACCUGGGACAUCAUGCAGUCGGCUCUGCUGAGCGAGAGAGAGAACAUCCAAAAGGAGCUUGUAAAUUCAGGUGUUGUCGACUGGCCCAAGGAGAUCAAACCCACAAGCACGCCUUCCUCCUCCCCCCCUCCGGCCGACUACGCCGUCAGAUCAACGGCGCCGAGUUCCCCAACGUUUUCUGGAGACGUGUCCACACUCGACGAGGCGGCGGACCCCUCAGAGACCCCCCCUUCCCACCCGCCACUGCCGCCCACACAAAGCGGAGGCCCGGCCGACGCCGCGACGUCCCAGCCUCGAAAGGCUCACCGCUCGGACCGGUACCCGGAGGCUCUGGAGGCGCUGAGGAACAUCAGCAAACUGCAGGACAGGUUCAGCCAGAUGGAGGCGCGUGUGGCGGUGUUGGAGAAAGAAAAGGUGGACCAAAGUCAGCUGGCUCGCCUCAAAGAGCAAGUCCCCAGCAAGGGUUCACGGGACGCGUCCAAUAAAGUGAUGGAACAGCUGAACCAGCAGAGGGCUUUAAUAGACAGUCUGAUGAGCGACCGGGAAAAGCUGGACGGCUUGGAGGAGAUGGUUAUGAACCUGUCAGUCCAAGAAAGGGAAACAACCUCGGAGGCAGCUUCCGAAAGUGUCAAUUCAGACAGCAAAGGCUUUCAUGAGCUCAAACAGCAAGUGACGUACCUCAGGAAGUCCGUGCAAAAGCUGGAAGAGAACGUGAAGCAGCUGAGGACUAAACAGGCUCAGAGUGAGGAGAGAACAGCAGACCAACACCUACAAGAUCAGCUGGACGACCUGCGGGGCAUGUUGGAGGACAUGAUGCUGUCCCUGACCUCUCAGCUGUCCAGCAGCCACCAGGAGGACGGGGAUGGAGAGCAGGAAGAGAGCGAUGGCGGUGGCCUCGGCCUCAGUCAGGGCGCAGAGAGAUCAGCUUUCACGGUCAGGGCGGUAAACAUCGGCAGGAACCUCAGCCUCCUGUUCCAGCACUACGAGCAGCUGCAGGACACCGUGAACAGCCUGAUCCAGCAGCAGCAGCAGACUGAAGGCAGAGCAGGGCCGCUGAAGGACAGUGAGGAGAAUGUGGAGCUGGUGAACGAUGUGCAGAGAGCGAUCCUGCAGCUUCAGGCCGACUGCGAAAAGCUGCAUGCGACCACCAGGUUUCUGCACGAAGACAACAAACAGAAACAGAGUGACAUCGAGGAGCUGUACAAGACGACCGAGGAGCUGGAGGUUAAAAAGGCCGACAAGCGCAUGGUUGAAAGUGAAAUUAAAGCAGAUAAAUCUGCUCUGGAGAGCAAAGUGAGCCGCAUGCAGUUUGACUCAGCGACCGAGCAGCUGAACUCCAUGUUUCACGAGCUGCUGAACAAAGUGACGGGUCAGGAGCAGGACUGGCACAAAGUCAUCGACAGGCUCUCCACCGAGAUGGAGUGUAAGUUGAACAGGAUCGAGUUGGACUCUGUGAAGAAGCAGCUGGAGGAUCGUUGGAAGAACAUCCACAAGAAGCUUCAGGCUCAGGGAGCUCCAGACCCCGAGGACGCUGCUGGCAUCAGAAAACAACUGGUGGACAGAUUUCACUGCCUCUCCUGUGACCGGCCUGUUGUCAAGCACACCCCUGGACCGCAGUUGGUGACUCUUCCCUCCACGCCGGCGUUUCCAUCGCACAAGUCCAUCAGGCCGUUCACGGUUUACGCUCUGGAGCAGUUGCGUCAGCACUACAGGAAGCUGAAACCAGGCACCAGCCGCUACAACUUUGAGGUAGCUAACUCUGGCAGGAGUAGGGAGCAGCUGCAGAGGAGCCACGCUGUGAUGUGCAGAAAGAUAGAGAGUUUAGAGAGGCAGAGGAGGCUGAAGCGCUGUGAGCAGAACCAGGCGCCAGCAGACGUCCAGCACGAGCGAAUGUCUGAGCUGACGGACUACGGCUACCCGGUCCUGUCGCGGAGCUGCGGGGGGAGUCACACCAACACCUCGGUCACCCAGCGGCGCAGCGGCCUGCAGCACACGAAGCAACACGCCGAGGUGGACGGAGUGAUUCAGUCUGAGGAGGUUGACAUCGUCGGACUUGACGGCCAUAUUUACAAAGGUCGCCUGAACGUCCCGACGGUCAAGAGCACAGAAACUAAACUACCUACGAUCUCUACCAAAGACGGCAUGUGUAAGACUAAGGACAAGGCAAAGUGCCCGUCGUCGUACAGACCGGCUGCUUCUCCGGAGAUGGGUCACAACUCGCCGCUUCCCUACGCCCACAGUGCCAAGAGCGCCCAGUGCAGCCGCUCAGCCUCCAGCUGCUCCGGUCGAGACUGGCCUGUGUCGGCUCUGGGCUGCACGUCUCAGAGCUCCGUAACUCCGGGUUCAGCAGCAGCAGCAGCAGCAGCAGAUGGCAACACAGAGCACCAGAGCGACGACCGCUUCAACCUGUAGGGGGCGACGCCGAACUCUUCUGUGUUUCGGUUUGUAAUGAACUGCAGAGAGAAGGUUUCCUGUCUGAGGUAAACCUUCUACGUGAACCAUACGUCCCGUAAAUCGACUGUCGCACUGUGACGGGGCUUUUUAAACGUUGUUGUCGUCAUUUCUAAUUAUAACAGUUAAUAAACUUGAGUGGUGAAAUUCUCACUUCCAUCUGCUCCAGAGGAUUUUGCUGAUUACAGAGCAAACGUGAAACAACAAACUUAAUAAAAAGCUUUAUAUCAAAGUUAA